AAGAGUCUCCAUUCAUGGAUAAAAAUCGGAGGGAACUGGAGGGGGGGUGAAAGUUGAGCGAAAAGACAUGUGGACGAACGAAUAAGCCGUGCACGACGAAUCUGAUCGACGAUUUUUUUUUUUUGCGCGUAAAAGCCUAUUAUUUUUUGGUUUGUUUGUUUUUAGCAGCUACAUAUUGUAUAAAAGUCAAAGGCGGUUGAUCAGGACGAGCCCAUCAGGAAACGGCGGUGGCGCUUCAGAGAAGAGGUGCCGUGAGAAAGAUUACCUCGUCUCUCUCUUUCUCUCUCUCUUUCUCUCCCUCUCUCUCUCUCUCACACACACGCGCACACACACACGCACACGCACACACACGCUCAGAAGCCGCACCCGAAGCGCGUCCCGCAGCCUCGCUCUCUGUCCAACCUGCCGUAGCAUGGCCAAAUCUAGUAGAGCUACUUUGGCUCUGCUCAUCUACGGGAUCUUAAUGCGCUACAGCGCCCAAUGCACACCCAUCGGAAUGGGCUUCCCCAACAUGAGGCUAGAAAACGACGUGUUCGGGGAAGAGGGAAACUCGUUAAGUGAGCUCUCCUACGAGCCCGACACGAUGAGCGCGCGCAGUGCUCCAGCCCUCCCGGAGGACGCGUACACACUGUAUUACCCUCCCGAGAGAAGAGCUCAAACGCAUGCAGACGGAUUGUUAGAUAGAGCCUUGAGGGACAUCCUGGUUCAGUUAUCAGCCCGAAAAUAUCUGCAUUCUCUGACGGCAGUUCGUGUAGGUGAGGAAGAAGAAGACGAAGAAGACUCGGAGCCACUGUCGAAGCGCCACUCGGACGGCAUUUUCACGGACAGCUACAGCCGCUACCGGAAACAAAUGGCCGUAAAAAAAUACCUUGCAGCAGUGCUGGGAAGAAGGUACAGACAGAGGUUUAGAAACAAAGGACGCCGCUUUGCUUAUUUGUAGCGGAAAAGAAAGCGCGCGAGAGAAAAUAGAGCAACUGCCCUCCCUUGUGUCCAUUCAAUCAUACAGUCAAAAGUCAUUCUAACUUAAAACUGAGCAGUCGGUGGAUCUCGCCUGUGUUCUUUUAAACAUGUAUUUUAUGUACGAAGUCAAGCCAUUAAAAAUAUUUUAGUAAGAACAUGUUUUUUUUGUUCCUUUUUUUGUACAAAAGCACUUGAGACCGCACAGUUCUACUUUGUGGACCAAUCGUUCAGUUGAAUGUAUAUAGCUUUCUAUGUUGAAAACGAAACUUAAAAAAAAAAAACAACAACACUAGGAAAAAAUAUAUGACAUAUAUAUAUAUAUAUAUGACAAAUGUGCACCUUGAACGUUAUGCGCUUGAUAUCUUUUACGAAUUCAUCAUAUGCAGAAAAAUAAAUAGAUUUUAAAAAAGACAAUCAAAGUUCUGAAUGUUAUACUUUAUUUUUGUAAUGGAAAAAAAAAAAGAAGAAAGAAUAGAGUUUUUAUUUUGUGCAAAGUUGGCCCUGGGAUGUAAGUGACCAUAAGGCUGACUCUGUAAAAAGAAAAAGAAAAAAAAAAAAAAAGCACAGGCUGUAAUGAUCCUAUGGAGGGGUCAGAGAGAGAUACACACUGGCCAACAUGAGUCCCUCAUUACACAACUACAUUUGUGUAAGUGUUUUAGAUCUGCAAGUCACCUGUCAGACUAAAUGCAACAUUUUUAUUAUUUUUCUUUUAAAACCGUUUCCAGUUUUAAGAGUUAGGAUUUGUGACUGAAAGUGAAUGACACUGGAAUUUAGCUCAUUAAUGCUGUCCAAUUAUUUUCGUAGUGGCUUGCUUUCUAAAUCUCAAAAUAGCCAUCCCAUCUUCCCUGCACCUACAUGCAUGAAGCAUGUACAAUCCUCUGUGCAUCAUUUGGAAUACAGACCCUGUUUCGUUCCAUAUGCUUGAGAAUGGCUGUUUUUUUUUUUUUUUUUCAUUUUAUUCAAGAUAUUUCUGUUGUAUCAGUUAGACAUGCUUACCUAAAGACUAUUAAACAUGUUCAUGCAGCGUACUGCAGAGAAUUUCAGGGUGAAUGGAAAAGAAUGGUAUCCUGCCCCCCCUCCCCCCUUUUGGAAAAAAGCAAAUUUCAAGUGCAUGCUGUGAUGGCCUUUUAAAAGAGUUAUAGCAUGUCAUUUUUAUCAGUUUUAGGCAUGUUUGCAGUGACCCUAGUCAUGGUUUUGCAUCAUUUCUAUCUUUGUAUUAAUCAGAUUUGUUUCUAAUGUUGUAUGCUAAUGUAGAAGUUGUGUAUGUGUUGGGGAAAAAAUAGAUAUGUCUACCCAAUCACUGGAAUGAAUUCUUAUUUGGGAGAAAAAAAUGAGUAAAAAAAAAACAAUUUAACUUCCUUUGUUAAGGUCCAGUGUAUAUAUAUAGUAGUACACUUGCCUGCACACCUUAUGGACUCCAGAUCAGUAUUACUGCAUUCCUGGCUAAUACUUCUUUCUUUACUUCUGAUCAUUCAUUAACCUCUACAUUAUCAAUGUGCAUAAGUCAUCUGUGUUAUGCAUCUCUUUAAAGAACAUGGGAAGAAGUAAGAGGAGUGAUGCAUGGACAGAGGAUCAGGAAACCAAAGCAUCCAGGGAUGUGGGCAGAUGUUCAGAUAAAGUUAUGGCAUCCCUUAAUCCAUUUGAACCCUUGUAGGUUUGAGUCAGAGAUAAGUAUUAUGCAGCAUUUAAAUACUGGAAUAUCCUUUAUCCCUCAGUACUAUUCAAAUUUUUUUUUCUGUCUAUAAACCACAGUUGAUGGUUUGUAUAUUCUAUACAAUAUCAUUCAGGCCUUAUUUCCCCACUAAUUUAACAUUUAGUCUAUUGUUUCCAGACAUGAAAUCAACCCCCCUGCAAUUCGGCAUCAGUUCCUAGGAUUUAUAUGAGUGUAGAUGUAUUUAUGGGAGCACUAUGUGUGAAUGUGUGUGAGUGUGUUGCAAGAGUGUGAGCAUGUACAAUAUGAACCUGACAGUGGUAUGUGACAGACAGCAUGGCUUCUGGCUUUGGUGCCUUGCUACAACGUAUGACAAAAAAAAAAAUCGCCACUUGAUAUGGAUGGCAAUUUUUAGUGGCCCUAUAAUGCUGCAGACUAUUAGCUUACAUUUCACUAACCAUCUUUUCUUUUUUUCUUUCCAAAUUUGGCUGGGCCGAUAUCUAAUUCCAUCCAAAAGCAUGGCCAGCGUUCCAUUGUGAUCCAAUUUAAUAUUGAACUGAUGUAAAUGGCAAAAGUAUUAACUGUCUCUAGGCUGUUAUAAGUUCAAUGAAUGUGUUGUUGUGGCAAAGUAAAGUGUUCCUGUUUCAUUGUUCUCAGUAAACUGACUCAUCAUAUCCCAAGCUUAUGUAGAGGGCCAUGAAGCCUAGCUUGAUUUUGUGUUGUUUCUUGUCGCAUCGCUUGAGGGUUAUUUGUCAGCUAGCAAAGAGCCUGAUGGAGUGCAGCCCACAGCCCAGCCUCUUGUGUACAUUUCUAAGAGCGCCAAAAGCCUUAAUGUGAAAGUUUUAUCUAUAUCUGAAAAUAUUAUGUGUGAGAAGUGAAUAUUAGCAAAUGUGAAGUCGAGAUAUUAACCCAUAACUCCUUAGGGGGUGACGUUUUUAAAUGUUGAAAAAGUGUUGUAAGAUUUGUAUGAAUAAAUUUUUGUAAACAA